UAAUACUUUUUAUUAUGGAUAAAUACGUAUUACCUAAUAGAGUAAUGGCUAUCGUUAUCCCCAUGAUGAUAGCUUGACUUUGGAUCACUCCAUGAAAAGCUGAUCUAAGAUUAGUUACUUCAGAAGACACUCUUUAUGUAUACGAUGGCCCAAUUGAUGAUCAAGAGCCUCUGUUUAGUCAGGAAAUUUCGGGCUUUAGAAACUAUGAUUUCUUCAACCGUAAUAAUAGUAUUCCAGGAAGAGCAUGCUAUAUUUUUGAAACUGGUUUUCCUAAAGAAUUGAUCAGAGAAAAAUGCAUUAAUCAGAUUGACACUUGGACUGGAAAUUGGAUUCUUAUUCUUCCUUUUGAGACUAAUAACUUUCAGGAAACAUUGCAAGAUUUGCCAAAGAGUUUUCCUACUAUUCAAUCAGUUAUAUUCACUUACAUUGCUGCUCCAGAGAUUACAGGACCUGCUCCAAGUCAGAAUCAACCUCAAAUUAUUUCUUUUGCAAGAACUUCAGAGUUAGCUAAUAUCACCGAAAAAGCAGUCCCUAAAUCAGACCAAUAUUUCUUCAAGCACAAGCACAAGUACAUAGAGUAUUGAGAUGUAAUGAAGCCUGCCUUCAAAUUUUACCUUAUCACUAUUUCAACAUGGGGGCUCAUUACUGUUUUUCAUAUCUUAUGGACAUGGAUCUUGAGGAAGGAUUACUCCCAGCAUCUCCAAAAAAUUCUCCUAUUCAUUCCUGUUUUCUUUGCUGGAUACAGUCUGAUUGAUUAUGUGUACUUUAUGUCAUGUCCAUGGAUCACUGCUAAUGGAGUCCAGUACUUGCAAAUAGUCCAAAUUGCUCUUGUCACUAUUUUCAAUACUCUCUUCGUAGGACUCACCUGUUUUAUCAGUAAAGGAUGGUCAAUAGUCAGGAAUAGCUUUACUCGUGAAGAGCUCAGUUCCAUCACAAUGAUAGUUGGUAUCUUCUAUUUAGUCUACAGUGCAUAUUUUAUCGCAUCAGAUAUUUCAUCUUUAAGAGUAGUAAUAGUUGUCAUUUUGAUUCUGAUGUACCUCUGGGUUGCUCUGACAUGUCUGAAGAACUCUAUUGUCAACAUUCGUACACUGAAAUCUCAUAUUGCAGUAACAGGACCUGAAGAAGUAAUCAUGAAGUCUCUAAAGUUAAAGAAAUAUUUGAUGCAGCAUUUCUGAAUAAUUACCAUGCUAUUCUAUCUAAACAAGAUAAUACAUAGCGCUUUGAAAGCAUUUAUUGAUGAUAAUGUUACUGUCAGGAAUAUUAUCAUAGCAAACUUGUUUAUUGAGCUACUAAUCGUGGGCUAUUUCUUGUUAAUUUUCAGAACAAGAAAAUGGCCUGAAUACUUCAGUCUCGAUAUCUUCUACCAAAGGAUUGGAAAUGGUGAUUCUGAUGAAAAUCUCCCUACAAGUAUUAUAUUAAAUGCAGUGACUUCUUCUCAAUGGGUAAACAACCCUGAGAGCAAAGAUUGAAUGAUCAACGGUGAUGAAGCAGAUACCCUGGGUAAAUACAAAUACAAAACCCCGCAAGUAGGAGUUCUCGUAAACACUUCAGACAAGGAAAAUUGCAAAUUAUUUAAACUCCUCAGAGACGAAGAAAUUCUAAGUGAUUCUGAAUAAAAUUCUCCCUAAACUCAAUACCUUCCCAUCAGUCACCCCCACUCCCCUAAAUCUACCCCCAUUUGCCAAUUUCCAACUUCUCCGAUCAAACCCCCCUUAAAACCCCAAAAUUACCUUCCAGUUUUUCACUACAAACAAUUUUUUCCAAAAUUUGUACUAUCCCAGUGGAGCUAGGUAGCCAAAAUCCAUAUUUUGUAGUACAUUUAGGAUGUCUUUGUUCCUGUUUUUGGGGAUAGAGGGCAGGAAUUGGAAUAGGGGUUGUUGAAAGUGGGAGUUAGAGGAAUUA